CAUUCCCAGUACACGGCUGUAAUGAUAAGUGCGCAAACUGCUGUCUGAAAAGAACAUUUUACAACGGGACAAGACAUCAGUGAGAAGCGCUUUUAAUAUACAACACCAUGUCACGAAUGACAAAUUGUGUUUUAACAACAUCCACGUCCCUUUUUGACGUCCCGCCAUUAAUGAUAGAGCAGUUUUGUAAAAUACUAGACAGCAGUGACGGAGAUCUUGGGUGGAGGGCUCUCGCUGAGCGGAUCUUGCCGGACUGGCUGGAGGUGCGUCGCGUGGAAAGGAUGAGCGAGCAGGGGAAGAGCCGGACCCGUGAGCUGCUGUGGAGCUGGGCACAGAGGAACGGGACCGUGGGAGACCUUGUGCACAUACUGCAAGAGAUGGACCAUCAGAGGGCUAUACAGGUCUUCAGACAGCAAGGGUUAACAUCUGCAUCUUCACCAUGGAGGUGUGAUCCGUUGAAGGCUGGAGAAAUCUCUGAUCAUAGGGCAUGUUAUCAGAUGGUGAAUAAUGCUGAUGCUUGGGAGCUGGCUGAUGAAUCACGUGCGAGAUCAGGAGCAAAGCAGCAGUCAUUGAUCAGCUAUCCUGACAUUAUCGAGGGGACCAGGAACUUUCACCAAGACUUGAAGAUUGGAGAGGGGGCCUUCUCUGAGGUGUAUAGAGCAGUGAUGAGGAACCAGGCGUAUGCUGUGAAGUUAUUCAAGCAGGGAAAACAGACUGAAUGGAAAAAACUCUGGAAACUCUUCAUGUCGGAAAUAAACGUUCUGAUUUUGUACCACCAUCCACACAUUAUAGAACUGAGUGGUUACUGCUCAGACAAUGGGAGCUACUGCCUGGUCUAUCCCUACAUGCACAAUGGCUCACUGCACAGCAGGCUCCACUGUCCCCCGGACAAUCCCACAUUACUUCCUUGGGAGACACGCCUCAACAUUGUCAAAGGAACAGCACAAGCCAUCCAGUAUCUGCACACAGCCCAGCCCUGCGCUGUCAUAUGUGGCAACAUCACCAGUGCGAAUAUAUUGCUGGAUGAACGCUUUGAACCCAAGCUGUGUGACUUUGGCAUGGCCAGCCUGAGGCCUCACACUUUUAAUCAGAGCAGCACCAUCAGCCUGGACCCAGGUACCCGCAGAGCUUGGGGGUACCAGCCAGAGGAGUACAUCCGGGAUGGCAAGCUGUCAGUCAAACUGGACGUCUACAGCUUCGGGGUGGUGAUCAUGGAGGUGUUAUCAGGACGAAGAGCUGUACAGGAGGGCCCGCGACACACUCUGCUGAGGGACUUGGUCACAGAGGCGGUGGAGAGAAGUGGUGGUGUUGACUCCUGCCUGCAGUUUCUGGAUGAGAGGGCCGGUUCCUGGCCCCACGCUGUCUCACUGAAGCUCUUCCACUUAGCGAUCGACUGCACAGCAUCCCGCGCCAGGGUCAGGCCUCUGAUGAAAACUGUGUUGGACGUGCUGAGUGAACUGAACCCAGCCUGUUACUCAGCAGAAGAUCAGCCUCAUACACUGAAAGACAUGGAGCCUCCCCCUCUGACUUACGCACAACCCCACAUGAGCCUGCCAGUGGAGAAUGAUGAAAUCCAGGAUUUUCAUUUCCAAACCCCAGAGCUGAACACAGACGGUUCCCAUCAGAGGGAGCAGGGGAGAGCCCAGAAGAGCCCUUGUGAGUGCAGCCAGUCUGAGGUCAUGUUCAGAGGAAGUGAAUCUGGGAAGAAUGCGAAGGGAAGUGAGGCAAUCGCUGGCAAGUCACCCAACAGCGUGUGGAGGUUCCUGCUCCCAGGAAGCAGCGCCGAGGACUGGCCUGUGUCUCAGCGGCUGCCAGGCCCUUAUUGCAGCAGAGCGGUGGAGUGCAGCUGUGCCUCUGAAGAGGCUGGAGGAGAGUGUGAGGAAUGCAGAGCGAGUGGGUUCCUCUUAACAACACCUGUUACCCCCAGAGACAUCAUCCAGUCAGCUGACAGAAGAUGAGUGCUAUGAACAAAGCUAGUGUGCAAACCUCAGGAAUACUGGGACACAAAGAAACAACCUUCUAUGUCAGCUUUUUAUUAAAUAUUCCAAGAAGAAUGUAUAGUAUGUCAAUAUUAUAAAAUACAUUUCAAAAUAUUGAGACAUAUAUUAUUCUAUAUAUUUUUUGUAUUUUGUUUUAUAAUAACAUGCAGUAACAAAAUGACAAAUAAGCUUAAUUUGUAUGGGCAAAAUGAAAUAUGAAAAAAAUGCUUAAGAAAAUGAAUUACAAUAUGUUGUGUGGCAAUGUAUCUAUAAUGGUAUGUAGACAAAGAAGCCUAAAACACCAUGAAAAUUCAACAGGUUUCUGAUCAUUUGAUGCAGUUUUGUAAUAAUAAUUAAGUGCAUUCAUAUUCCCUGUGGUACUGCACACAUAUUCAAGUUAUGCAAAAGUUUCCAAACAGCUUAUCUUAAUUGUUUCUGGCAGCUUACAGACAACAUUGUGUCACUGUGUGUCAUACAGUCGGUAAAACAGCUAUCUGUGGCAUUCAAUGAACCUGAAGUCAAAUUACAAUACAUUUCCUCAGUGAAAAGCUUGGCAUUGGAAUAGAAGCAAGGUUCAGAAGUAGAUUUAAUAAUUUGAUGUUUUCGGACCAAGUUGGUUUUACCAGUAUUUUCAGAGAUUACUGGUAUUUGAUUCUGCAAUAAAGAGGAGCAAAUUAUUUCAUCAUUUAUGUGAAGUCUGCUUUUAUCUGGAUAUUGUGCAAUACUUAUGAAGUCAGCCGACAUCAGUUGAAGCAACAGGAUUUUCCACUUUGAUGUCAUUCCUACCAGGUUAUAUUGUCCUUGGAAGCUAAUGUAAACAUAACCUAAUUUAAGAUCUAUUUUUGGGAUUAACUGUUUAUUAUUUAAACUUGCUUUUAAAUAUAGCUUUAAUAAUGAAAUGCUUUAAUAAAAUACUAUGUAAAAACAUGAUAGGUGUGUAUCACGAAACCCAAGUAGUUAAUUUUGAAAAUGACUGUUCAACAGUGCUGUUUACGUUUCUAUAAAACAUCCAGAGUGAUCCACUGUGUGGAAGAUGGCUUUAUUCUGUACAAAUGUGGCAAUAAUAAAAAGGGAUUAAAUAA